AUGAAGCGUCAGACUCAUGUCGCAACAAUGCCCGGGCUCAACUCUGACUUCGUGUUUACACGGCGUGGCCUGGAAACGUUGAGCGGCGAGCUGGGGGCGCUCGGUGAGGCCGCCAAGGCAGAGCGACACGUGGCACAUUCCGAAGUUCUCGGGGCGAGGCGUGACGCAGCAAACGCCCACGAAGCCACCACAGCACAGCUCGCCGGCGUUGGUCGUCAAGUACACGGCGUAAGGAGUGAUAUCGCGGAUGCCCGGAAGGCCACCACGGCACAGCUUUCCGGGGUCGCGCAACAAGUACACGGCGUGAAGCACGAUAUAGCGAACGCUCACGAAGCCACCACAGCACAGCUCGCCGGCGUUGGUCGUCAAGUACACGGCGUAAGGAGUGAUAUCGCGGAUGCCCGGAAGGCUACCACAGCACAGCUUUCCGGGGUCGCGCAACAAGUACACGGCGUGAAGCACGACAUAGCGAACGCCCACGAAGCCACCACAGGACAGCUCGCCGGUGUUGGUCGUCAAGUACACGGCGUAAGGAGUGAUAUCGCGGAUGCCCGGAAGGCUACCACGGCACAGCUUGCCGAGGUUGAGCGACAAGUACACGGCGUAAAGCACGACGUAGCGACCGCCCGCGAGGCUACCAUAGCACAGCUCGCUGGGGUUGAGCAACAAGUGCACGGCGUGAAGUACGAUGUGGCGAGCUCGCAUGACGCUACCAUGGCGCAGUUGAAAGGCGCUCGUUCUCAAGUCGCCGACGUCAAGUGGGACCUAGCAAGCGUGAGCGCAUCGGUGGACGAGUGUCGAUCGGAGAACGAGCUGUUUUUCAAGAGCUUCACGCAAGGGUUGGCGGCUACGCACCGGGGCAUCGAGACCCUGAUGAGCGCGCCCCUGAAAGAGGCAGAGAUGGCUCUCAAGAAUUUCACAGCCAGCGGUGGCAACGUGCGGUUCUUGGACGUGGCGCACAGCAAAGCCAUGACAGCCUUGGUCCAGGGUCACACCGUCGAUGUCAAGCUUAGCGCGGCCGUCAUAGCUGUUUCAGCCGGCUACGUCUUCGCGAGCAAGACGGAUUCUCCGCUUGAAGCCAAACAGUUCACGGUAAACGGGACGCUAGUGAACAUCGUGGACGUCCUGGCUCCGCUCUGGGUGGACUCGUCCCGCGCUGCUUCGGCCGAUGGACCGAAGGUCUUGGCAUUUCUCCUCAACCUUGUGUCUUGUGUAUGCGCCCUUCCCCCGGUGGCUGAACCAGUCUUGCCUGACCUCGACAAGCGCCUCCUCCCAGCCUUCGGCACACUCUGUGCGACCGAGCCCGGGAUUUAUCGCAUGUAUCCCGAGAUCGGAGGCGUUGCGGCAAGGGCGUUGCUUGCUAGUCAGACGAUGAGAGACCUGUUCGAGUUGGCCGAUGAGGUCGAUGUAGAUGUCGCCAGAUGUACCAGCAAAGACGAGGUGAUCCAGAUUCUACUAGGGUCCGGCAAAGCCCUCUUUCGUGCACCCGCCACGGGGGUCGAGGCAAAGCUUGAAAGCCAGACUAUGUUGGAUCUGUGUCAAUUGGCGCGUGAAAAGGAUGUGGAUAUCGACCGCUACAAGACCCACGUGAUCAAGAUUCUUCUUGGAUCGGGGAAGGACCUCAACCCAACGCGAGAUGCUUCGACCGACCGCGCUGCUCUGUUAGCCUUGUUCAUCGCUACGAACGGCCCGUCAUGGACAACAAGCACGGCGUGGGGGACGGCUGCCCCCCUUGGAGAGUGGUACGGCGUUACCGUGGAUGAUGACGGUCGGGUGUCACAACUGGAGCUACGGGAAAACGGGUUGUCCGGUGUUAUUCCACCGGAGUUCGCCAGACUGACGGCUCUCACGAAAUUGAAUCUUGGCGAGAACAACCUAACCGGUGAGAUCUUGCAUUCGGUUCUCUCUACUAUUUUGCAGGUGAUAGAUGGACGCAUCCUUUGGUACAUUAGCUGUGUUUGUGGCGUGUUCAAUGCUAGAUAA